UCGAACAGUAUUAACUAUGUAUUCUUCAACAAAACUCGUCGCUUGUGUGCUCAUUGUUGCCCAGCUACUGGGCGCAGUUCAGUGCGGAGUCUACGACAAUACGGACAGCUGGCUCCUUUCAGACAAGUCGAAGGCUUUUCCUGAAAAUGCUGUUCUUGGCGGUUAUGAUUCGUACGGCUAUGAGAACUUCGUUGGACGUGUUCUUUACUCGAGCUCGAUUCUGCCGGCGCGUGUGAGGGCCGAAACUGGAUAUGCUACCUAUAACACGGAUUCAAUCGCUAAUCAGGUCACCUCCUACGAGCUGUUGCUGUCUAAUGAGACGGUCAGCUAUGACUGGGUACGCAGCUUCGAUGGAUUCCGGGAGAGAAAUGCUGUAUCAGUGGGCACAAGUGCUGCAAACGAGCGCGUUUACGUCUGUCGGGGCAGAACUGAUGGAGGCAUUUUCAUUGGCACUCUGUAUCUGGCGCAGAAGGUUUGCUUCAUUCGCUACGAGAAUUCGCCUAUGAGGCAGCUCAGUAAAUAUGAAGUUCUCGUGCGAAAGCAUACUCCAGCAGCAUUUACACCAUUCGAAGUUCAAGUCAACUAAUCAAGUAAUCAAGUAAUCAAGUAAUCAAUGAACACGCUUACUCCAGUAG